GUAUUUUAGUAGUGUGCAAGGCGGUGUGCUCAAAGUGCAGCGCAGACCCAGUCUACAUUCCUGUGUUGGCGGUGACCAUUGUCGACCGAGCUGUAGCAAAACUUUUCGCGCCUUUUACUGUAUUCAUUUUCUAACCCUUUUUUACGCGUCUUCAAUCAUCCGAAUCUUGACAGGAGGAAAUGAGAGAGUGUAUCUCCAUCCACGUGGGCCAGGCGGGAGUUCAGACUGGCAAUGCAUGCUGGGAACUCUUCUGCUUGGAACACGGUGUGGGGCCAGACGGGGUGCUCAAUGAAGAGGACCAGGGGCCUAAUUCACGGACUGACCCCUCCAACACCUUUUUUAACACAGGAAGUUCUGGCCGCCAUGUUCCCAGGGCCAUAUUUGUGGACCUGGAGCCAACAGUGAUGAGGUCAGGACGGGAAUGUACAGGCAGCUCUACCAUCCUGAGCAGCUCAUCUCUGGAAAGGAGGAUGCAGCCAAUAACUACGCCCGUGGACACUACACCGUGGGUAAGGAGAUCAUUGACGGGGUUCUGGAGCGUGUCCGUAAAAUGACUGACCAGUGCACAGGGCUACAAGGAUUCCUCAUCUUCCACAGCUUCGGAGGAGGCACUGGCUCUGGUUUCACCUCUCUGCUGAUGGAGCGCCUGUCUGUUGACUACGGUUGGGAUCAACUAUCAGCCCCCGACUGCCGUACCUGGAGGUGAUCUAGCUAAAGUCCAGAGGGCUGUGUGCAUGCUGAGCAACACCACUGCCAUUGCUGAAGCCUGGGCCCGUUUGGACCACAAGUUUGACCUCAUGUAUGCCAAACGUGCCUUUGUGCACUGGUAUGUAGGUGAGGGCAUGGAGGAGGGAGAGUUCUCUGAGGCCAGAGAAGACAUGGCUUGCCUGGAGAUGGAUUAUGAAGAGCUGGGCAGAACAAGCACAGAAUCUGAUGAUGAUGAAGCGGGUGAGGAAUAUUAAUAACCAAAUAACCAUGAUGUCCAAUCUGUCUAUUAAAAAUGUAAUAUUCUGUCUUUGUAUUCUUUCUUAUAACAAUAUAUUGUUGUAUCUGCCUGCCCUGAACAAAAACAUCUGAAGUUGUAUAAACAGCCAGAUGCACUUUUUUUGUGGUUUAUUAACACCUUGUUAAUCGGUAUGUUUCAAAGUGCCAUGUUUUGCAAUUGCAAUAGUUUUCAGCUUCUGAAUAAAAUCGGUCUUGAGUACAACAUUGCAAAAUAUAUUUUUUGUUUGGCCCUAGCAUGUUACAGCUAGGGCCAAACUCAACCAGGAGUAGAGUACCUUACCCACGUUCUGUUGUCAUGUUCUGUUUCAGUAAUUAUAUAUUGAGGAUUUAUAUUUAGGUUACUAACAGUAUAUUAUGAGUCUAUAGAUGUAUAAAUAUUUUAUAAUUAUGUAAUAACCAGUUGUAACCCAUUGCUGGUUGCAUUCAGUGAGCUGAUUACUGUUGCUACUGGGCUAUGGUCUCUGGAUCAUUAUUGUGGAGCGCGUCGAUGUAAUUUGCGACUAGCCUCAAACUGUGUUACAUAUUAAAACUCAUCAAUGCUCGCCCCCUGCAAAGCAGAUACAUCCAAUCAAAAUACUCCCAUCGGGGCUAUUUAAAGAACAAGAUCCGGCAGCGGUGAAGGUGUCACCUGAAAAUAUCCCUCCGCAAUAAUAAACAGUAGCCAGUGAGGAUACAAUGAAAAGCAUUUUCAAGAAUGAAUUCUCUGAAAUCAAAUUUUACCAAUCAAAAUGGUGCACAAUUACGGAUAUUCAACUUGUCAAUAAGACGAUGUUUUGUUAGACGAACAGUAUUUGACACUAUAAUGAAGAUGCUGGUUUGGAUGUAGCAUAGGCUUCAAAUGCACUGUGUGCUACAGUACUUCACGGAGCACAUCAGUCGGGUGCAUUCAAUCUUGUGACUUAAUAAUAGGCCUCUACAUAGCCUAUAUAUGUUUCAUUACAAUUUAGUUUUUAAAAAAUUAUUAGAGUCUGACUAAAGAAAAUAGUAAUUUAUGCGUAGUUAAUACUCAAUUUUUUCCAACAUAAUUCUGUGUAAAUUACACUAAAUUCAACACGACAAUGGUGUGUCAAAACAAACGGGUAUUUGUAUAUUUACAUAUUCAUGUAUGUAUGUAUGUAUGUAUGUAUGUGAUUAACAGUUGAAAUAUUUAGAAAUAUAUUGGUGAAAUCGACAAUAAUCACAAUCCAUG